AUGGGUCGAGGCAAAAAGGAUCCCUGGGCGGCGCGCGGAUCCGUCGAUCCAGUGGAGGAGGAGGAGGCGGCAGCGGUGAUGGAGGUUGAAGAGGAGGAGGAAGUCAAGGGAGACGAAGAGGAGUGGAAUCACGAGGAGGAUGAGGCGGAGGAGGAGGAAGAGGAGUGGGAACAGGAGGAGGAGGAGGAGGCUGAUGAGGCCUCGGCGGAGGAGCAGCCGGAGGAGCAGCGGUCGCCGCCCAAGCUGGCGGAGGGAUACUACGAGAUCGAGACCAUCCGCCGCCGCCGCCGCCGCCAGAACCAGGUACAGUACCUCGUCAAAUGGCGUGGGUGGCCGGAGAGCGCGAACACAUGGGAGCCUGAAGAAAACCUCAAGGCCUGCUCUGAUUUUGUUGAAGCCUUUGAGAAGCGGCAGCAACCAAGGUCCUAUGGCAAGCGCAAGCGCAAGCGCAAGAUCUCCACUGCUCCGGUGGUAAGUCCCAACCCUUCUUCUCAGGGUAGAAGGGGCCGCCCACGGCGUUCAGAUCCUCGGUCUCUGUCCCAACGUCCUCUCCCGGAGCGCAAGAUAUUGCCUCCCAGAGCAAGCAGCAGGAGAGGUACUGAUAACAGCAACAGGAACUUGGUUGCGGGCUCUGAUGCAUCAGUGAACGUGGCUCCUCAGCAAAUGCUUGGACAAGGUGCCACACAGGAGGGCAGCUCAAAUGUGCUCUCGGUUGGCCUGCCGUCUGUUGUGGUUCAUCAACAGGAUGAACAUCAGCCUGCGAGUGGUGUGUCAAAGGUUGAUAGUUCAGUACAGGGACCCCCACCUCAGGUUGGCCAGGUGACAGGUGCCAAGAAGCGCAAGCUUGGGUCUGUCAGGAGGUUCAAGCAGGAUGAGGCGCAGCAGGAGCAAGGGCAAGUCGUCAAUGGCACAAGUGAGAGGCCUGGCAAUGAGAAAACUGAUUCCGCACAAGGAGAAACGGGUGAUAGGACCAAGGGAGAGGGCGGUGCUAACCGUUGCAUCACUAAGAUCAUCAAGCCAGUGCGGUAUCAUGCCACCAUGGCAGAUGACGUGCAGCAGGUUUCCAUAACAUUCAGAGCACUCAGGUCUGAUGGGCAGGAGGUUCUUGUGGAUGACAAGGAAUUGAAGUCUACAAACCCGUUGGUGCUGAUAAACUACUACGAGCAGCACCUGCGUUACAGUCCCACCGCGUGA